CUCCGUCUCGCGCACGAUUGGCUCGACCGGUCUCGGCAACAUGUCGAGCAAGGGUAUAGAUCCUAUCCUGCUGUCUCUGAUGGCACAGCGCCUUAUGAGCAUAGCGGAAGCCAUGGGACGCACGCUCGCCCAGACUUCCAUCUCAACCAAUAUCAAAGAGCGCCUCGAUUAUUCAUGCGCUCUCUUCUCGCCCGAAGGCGAUCUCGUGGCCAAUGCGCCCCAUCUGCCCGUCCAUCUCGGCUCAAUGUCAUUCGCAGUACGGUAUCAGGUCGAUGCGCUCAAGAAUUCGGGCGGGUUCAAGCAGGGAGACGUCAUUCUGUCUAAUCAUCCUGUCGCCGGCGGAUCUCACUUACCGGAUUGUACUGCUAUCAGCCCAGCCUACAUCGAUGGCAAGAUUGCAUUCUAUGUCGCUUCUCGCGGACAUCAGACAGAUGUAGGCGGCAUGACAGCUGGAUCAAUGCCGCCAAAUUCGAAAUAUCUCUACCAGGAAGGCGCAGCAAUGGUCUCGUUCAAGAUCGUACGGGAAGGCGAAUAUGAUCGGGAGGGCUUGGUAAAGAUCAUGUGUGAUGAGCCUGCCGCCUUUCCUGGCUGUGUCGGCUGUCGGUCAUUUGCAGAUGUGGAGAGCGACUUGCAAGCACAGAUUGCAGCGAAUCAGAAGGGUAUCAAUCUGAUCGGUCAGCUGAUUGACGAGUAUGGCUUGGAGACAGUGCAGACUUAUAUGAGACACAUACGCGACAAUGCGGAAGACGCUACACGAGCAUUACUGAGACGGGUAGCGAAGGAGCAAUCCAAAGCUCUGCAUGCCGUGGACUACUUGGACGAUGGGACACCCAUCGAGCUCACCGUCACAAUCGAUGAAGAGACUGGCGAUGCCGUCUUUGACUUCGAAGGCACAGGACCGGAGACACUGGGCAAUCUCAACACGCCCGUCAGUGUCACAUCCAGUGCGAUCAUCUACUGUCUGCGCGCCAUGGUCGAUCAACCCAUACCGCUCAAUCAGGGCUGCCUGGUACCUAUCGAGAUCAGACUACCGCCAGGCAGCAUACUCAAUCCCUCAAAAACGGCUGCGGUAGUAGGCGGUAACGUUUGCACAUCACAGCGGGUAACAGAUGUCUGUCUGAAAGCUUUCGGCGCUGCGGCAGAUUCUCAGGGCGAUUGCAAUAACCUCACUUUCGGCAAGAACGAUCCCGAGGGAUCUUCGUUUGGCUACUAUGAAACGAUCGCAGGAGGGAGCGGUGCAGGUCCGACGUGGUCGGGGACGGCCGGCACACAAGUGCACAUGACCAAUACUCGCUCGACAGAUCCAGAGAUCUUGGAAAGACGGUACCCUCUCAUCUUGCAUCAAUUUGCGAUUCGCACAGGCAGCGGUGGCAAGGGUAGACACAAUGGAGGAGAUGGCGUGAUAAGAGAGAUCGAGUUCCUGGAAGAAAUGGAAUGCUCCAUCUUGUCUGAGCGGCGAGUGUUUGCGCCGCAUGGCAUCGAGGGCGGUGGUGACGGGUUGCGAGGAGAGAAUACGUGGGUCAAGCAGAGGAGGAAAGAGGAUGGCGAUCUGGAAGAUGAUGAACAUGCGCAAGCGAGGAUGAUCAACAUCGGCGGCAAGCAGACUGUCAAGAUGGGCAGAGGCGAUCGGAUACUCGUCAAGACACCGGGCGGUGGUGCUUAUGGUGCUCCCUCUGAUGACCAGGAACCGCAAGAAAGAGUCAAUGCGCACGAGCCGAUGACGAGAGGGAGCCUGUCAGAACGACAGAACGCCCACGAGCAAAGUUCAUAGAUUGGCGCAUGCUGUUGUCACGAG